UUAAUUUUUAAAAAAAUUUCACUGUCCAAUUUCAUCUAUAAAAUAUCUAGUUUAUUGGUUGUUUGAACACAACAAAACAUUAUCGAUCUUUUUUUUUUUUUUUUCUCUUACCUAGGGGAUAACAAAAUGGGUUCUUUGGACACAACAAAGAAGACUAUACCUCAUGUUGUAUGUAUCCCAUACCCAGCACAAGGUCACAUAAAUCCAAUGCUUAAAUUAGCAAAACUUCUUCAUUUCAAAGGUGGUUUUCAUGUUACCUUUGUUAACACUGAAUUUAACCACAAACGUCUUCUAAAAGCUAGAGGUCCUAAUUCUCUAAAUGGCCUCUCAUCUUUUCGUUUUGAAACUAUUCCUGAUGGUCUACCUGAGUCCGAUGUCGAUGCGACACAGGAUAUUCCUUCCUUGUGUGAGUCUACUAGUAAGACUUGCUUACCUCACUUUAAAAAUCUUCUUUCUAAACUUAAUAAUGCUAUAGACACCCCUCCUGUUACUUGCAUAGUGUCUGAUGGUGCUAUGACUUUUACUUUGGAUGCUGCUGAAGAACUUAAUAUCCCAGAAGUGCUUUUUUGGACAACAAGUGCUUGUGGCAUUAUGUGUUACAUGCAAUAUCGUCAUCUCGUAGAAAAGGGCUUAACACCAUUCAAAGAAUCAAGUUUUAUGACAAAUGGAUAUUUGGAGACUACUAUAAAUUGGGUGCCAGGCAUAAAAGAAAUACGAUUAAAGGAUAUUCCAAGUUUUAUCAGAACUACAGAUCCAAAUGAUCUUAUGACUAAUUUUUUAAUAGGGGAGUGUCAGAGAGCUCAAAAAUCAUCAGCAAUAAUUCUUAACACAUUUGAUAAUCUAGAACACAACGUUUUAGAAGCAUUCUCUUCCAUUAAUAAUUUGCCUCCAGUUUAUUCAAUUGGUCCCUUGAAUUUACUCUUAAAAGAUGUAACUCAUAAGGAGUUGAACUCAAUUGGUUCCAACCUUUGGAAAGAAGAGACAGAGUGUUUGGAAUGGCUAAACAAAAAAGAACCAAACACUGUGGUUUAUGUCAAUUUUGGAAGUAUAACUGUUAUGACAAGUGAACAAAUGAUUGAAUUUGCUUGGGGAUUAGCUAAUAGUAAAAAAACAUUUUUAUGGAUAAUAAGACCAGAUCUUGUGGCUGGUGAAAAUGCUGUUUUACCCCAAAAGUUUUUGGAUGAGACCAAAAAUAGAGGAUUAUUGUCAAGUUGGUGUGCACAAGAGGAAGUGUUGAAUCAUUCAGCAAUUGGUGGGUUUUUGACACAUAAUGGUUGGAAUUCAACGUUGGAAAGUGUGUGUAGUGGUGUUCCAAUGAUAUGUUGGCCUUUUUUUGCAGAACAACAAACUAAUUGUAGAUUUUGUUGUAAUGAAUGGGAGAUUGGUUUGGAAAUUGAAGAUGCUAAGAGAGAUAAGAUAGAGGAUCUUGUGAGGGAAUUGAUGGAUGGAGAAAAAGGUAAAGAGAUGAAACAAAAGGCUUUGGAAUGGAAGAAAUUGGCACAAAAUGCUUCUUCUGGUCCACAUGGAUCAUCUUUUGUGAAUCUUGAGAAUCUCAUUUGUGAUGUUCUCUUGUAAGAGAGGUUCAAAUUUGUCUUGUGAUUUUACUACAUGUCAAUGAUUGAAUAUUAGAUUAUAUUUUUAUUUUGGCCGUCACCAGUCCACUAGUUGAAUCUAAUUUGAGUGUCGCAGUUCCGAUAUCAAGUGGUUUCAGCUCCCUCCCGAUCGUAGUUGAAUAUUAGAUUAUAUUAUUAUUACAAGGUGAAAGUGGCAUUUGGUUGAUUUAUCUAGAAUUUAACUUUGUAAAAUUAAUUUUAAUAAAAGUGUGUGCGCGUGAAUUUCUCUUUUUUAUUUGAAA